AUGACUUCAACAGAACCGCUACCCUCCGGUCUGUCCGAUCCAACCAUCCACAUAACAACUCACAAUUCUGUUGGGAAAGCGGCGGUUCACUCAUCAUAUUCAAACCAGUGGGCGUGGUUUCCUGAGAGAGCAGUGGGUUUCAACGUGGUUUACACGACAGACCACUUUCCAGUGUCUCUGAACGACGAUGCAGAUAUCAAAUCUCACCAGGAAACCAUGGCCAGUGGGCAGCUUGGUCUUGUCAAAAAGGGCGGCACCGUCUGUCGGAUAGUCGACUUCGGCCCGGGCGGCACUCCCCUCAUGCACCGUACUCAGAGCCUCGAUUACGGAGUGGUCUUGGAGGGUACCAUCGAGAUGGAAUUGGACGACGGCAGUGUGACCGUCCUGAAGCGUGGGGAUGUUGCAGUCCAGCGAGGCACCAACCACGCGUGGAGAAAUCCUAGCAAGACUGAAUGGACGAGAAUGCUCUUCGUCCUCCAAGAUUGCCAGCCAGUAGUUGUCGGAGGGGAUAGGUAUCGUGAAGACCUUGGAGAGGGAGUCAAAGAGAUCCCGAAAAGUGGCAAUGACGAUUAA